AUGCAUUGGCGUCGAAGCCAAGGGUCCAUCAAGGGACUGACGCGUUCAUUUCGCGUCCUCGAUGCUGACACCAAGAAACUGCGUCGACACAUCGACGACGAAGUCCUCCGUCCGUCGUCGGAGCCCCCACUUCUGCCACCAGUCCUCGAUGACGUGGCGCCGAAGCUCAUCGAUCCAAUCAUGGAAUACCUGGCCGAACAACGUUCGGUCAAGUUCCUGAAAGCUCGCGCGGUCAAAGCCGCACUAAAGCAACUCAUCAAAACCGAACACGCUGAUGUCGAACGAUCUAUCGUGUUGGUCUAUGCGUUGCUGUCGGAAGCAGUGCGCCGCGGCCGCAAAAUUCGCGAAGAACAGAAGUUUGCGUCCGCCGUGGAUGUUUACACCAAGCUCCACAGCUUCAAGUUCGAGCGAUAUUGCUCGAUUGACGGCAGCCUGGCCACUUUGGAUAAGCUUCGAAAGGCCGUCGAAAAGCGCGAGAGCACACCAGGCAUCGGUGUUGCUAACCGCGUUGCCUGA